AUGGCCGCAAGAUCUAUAGCACAGGCGAUAUUCGGGGGAAAGCAAGUGGAUCCCAAGGAACAGGUCAAACAAUGGAGGCUCAAGAUUAGGGGGGAGAUGAGAACUUUACAGAGACAGUGUGACACAAUCGAGCGGGAGGAGAAAAAAAUCAAAGCAGAAAUUAAGAAGGCGUGGAAAGAAAAUCAACCAGCAGCAGCGAAAAUGCUCGCCAAAGAAGUGAUUCGAAGUCAGAAAGCGCGAGAAAGGAUCUUGUUGGGCAAGGCAAACCUGAAUUCGAUGGAUAUGCAGCUGAAUGGACAGUUGGCUUCCAUGAGAGUUGUAGGGUCUAUGGAGAAGAGUACAGAGCUGAUGGCCUUGAUGAACAAUGCGGUUAAGCUACAAGAAGUUUCGCAGACGGUCAGAGAGCUUUCGCAGGAGAUGGAACGAGCUGGGAUCAUAGAAGAAUGCAUUAACGAUAGUUUAGAAAGCCUGGAGCCCGAGGACCUCGAGGCCGAGUCGGAACUUGAAGUUCAGCGCGUCCUGGCUGAACUUGGAGUCGGUCAAAUGGAUGCCGCACCUCACGCGCCUUCAGCGAAAGUCGGUGAGGUCGCACGUCCUGUCGAAGAAGUCUCCAACGAGGAACCGCUCGAGAGCGAAGAUAUUUACCAGGAAAUCUACUGCAGUCAGAUCUGCUCCUAG